UUUCUUCACUUCGCUUUUCGCCAUUGUUGUUAUUACUCAGCUUUUGUCGGCCUGAGUUCAUAGUUCUCCGUACUCGUUGCGCGCUGCUACUUAUCUCAUCAGACUCAUUGAGGACUGUGUGUCUCUCGUCGACAGCAGCACUCUUUUCUCUCCGCCUCGCUCUCAUCCCAAACCCUUUACUCUUUACGAAUCCGCGACCGAUCACGACUUCUCCAAGUCGUGCCAGUCCCAACUCGGCCUCCCAUGAUGCAGCCCAACCUCGCCCCUCGCGCGGCUAGCUCUCUUUCGAGCAUGCCUCAGGACCAAGUCGCCUCCGAAUCACGUACGUAUAGCAAUCCUUGCCCCACUCAGCCGCCCUCUUCCAACAACGGACGAUUGAUACCCUGUUACCUCCCCUUUGUCGCCUCUUCUUGCCGCUCUGUCAUUUCACUUCGUAUCUUGCGCACCUCCCAUUCCGCUAUCGGCGAUCUGUGGCUUGUGCGAAAAAUACCGUAUUGCGCAUCCCUGUCCUCGUCUUUUUACCUACACCUGCGAACACUUGCAUCAUUGCUCAUGUACCUAUUACUAGGGUACCACAUUCCCCUCAUCGAGCCCAUUUCUUGUCGAUGACAUACAUAUACCCUUCAAUCACCAUCCUCCUUCCCAGCCUUGUCUACCUUUUGCAUUGGAGCUUGUCUCGUGUACAUGCGUCUCGACCCCAUCAUUCGUCUGCUUUGAUCUUUUGUCACGAGCAGGACUCCUCAUCACUCGCGACCCUCUCUACCACCAUGACUUCCAUCACUCAGCUGCUGUCCCCAUGGCCUGUAUCUAAGCAUUCAAUAGUCUUGCGCGACCAACCACAUUAUCCCCCGCCUCAUUCCUCAGUACUGCCAGACUCUAUGGACGCCAUGCCACAGCAUCAGCCAUCUCCACCUACCGAUGCUACCACCAACGACGCUGUCACCGGCAGUGCAGAAAGUGAUCAAGGCGAGAUGACUGGCGAUGGUCGCAAAGGCUUUGGAAAGCGGGAAUUGAGCACCGGCAAGAGAGCUGCCCAAAAUAGAGCUGCUCAGAGAGCAUUUAGACAGCGGAAGGAAGGAUACAUCAAGAAGCUUGAGGAGCAGGUCCGGGAUUACCAAAUUUUGAGUGAGAAUUUCAAGGCAGUCCAGGCCGAAAACUACCAACUCCGAGACUACAUCAUCAACCUUCAAUCGCGGUUACUAGAGUCACAGGGUGAAGUCCCGCCUCCCCCAAGCAAUGUCGACGGACUUCAACCUGGCAAGGCAGGACCCCUUCAACAGUCGGGUACCCUCCCACGCCUCUCUGAGCUUGGUGCCGUAGGUCAACCACAAGAUGGUGUCAGCAGUAUUCACCACGACCCUCAUCGAUACCCAGAUCCGACUUAUUCUGAAUCUCAAGCCAACAAGCGCCCUAGAACCGGAUCAGCUGAAAUGACAGCUUCCCAGGCUGCAUUGCAAGGACCAGCGAUAUUGGCACAAACAUCUACGGGUGCUCGAUGAUAGUCAUCGUUCUGUUUUCACACGGGUACGUCAAAACCCGAUUACGUCGGCGUCUCGGUAGGAAGGCGUUUUCACGGGACAUAUCUUCCAGGCAUCGACAGGCUGGGUGCUGGUGCUGCUGUAUUGAAUGAUAAAUGUACCGGCGUCUGGAGUGGGCUCAGGACAACGAGCCGAAUCAGGUCCUUGAACAUGACCUCGGGUGUGUGAAGCAUGAUUUAGAUUCCGGUCGAAAAGAGAGACCGAUGACAGAGGUCAGCCUUCGCCAUAGCUGGCGAGGUGUACCUACCAAUUAUUGCUGCAUUACUCUAUCUAGCAAGUGUACAAGAGUGAGAUCAAUCAAGCCCGCCAUUGCGCGGGGUAUGAUGAUGUGCGA